UAGUGCCACGUCAAACGUGACGUAGCAGGAGGUGUAGUCCGGUUGGGAGGCGUCGUAACCAGUACCAGAAACCUCUCAGACACUGGCAUUAAUGGUCUUGAAGCCCAGAGGAGUGCUUGAGAGAGUGUGGCAGACUUAAUCAAAACCACUGUUGAUCAUGGACCCCAGCACCAGCGGACUCACCCAGAGGUUGGCUGAAGCCGGCCAGUCUCACCUCCUGCAGUUCUGGAAUGACCUGAGCCCUGAGGAGCAGGUCGACUUGACCCACGACCUCCAGGGGAUGGACUUUAAAGAGAUCAGUGGAUUCUUCAAGAACGCCAUGGAGACGUCCGGCAGCAGCAAACAUGAGAAGAUGGACGCCCGCAUGGAGCCGGUGCCCCGGGAGGUGCUAGGGAGUGUGACGAGGGACAGGGAGAGUCUCAAAGACUGGGAGCUAGUAGGUCUUCAGUGCGUCUCUCAGAGUAAAGUUGCGGCCCUGCUGCUGGCUGGAGGCCAAGGAACCAGACUAGGGGUCUCUUACCCCAAAGGCAUGUACGACGUGGGGCUGCCAUCCCACAAAACCCUCUUUCAGAUCCAGGCUGAACGCAUUCUGAAACUGCAACAGCUGGCUGAGCAGAAGCACAAAAUCAAGUGCUGUAUUCCCUGGUACAUCAUGACCAGUGGGAGGACGAUGGAGUCCACAAAGGACUUCUUCUCACAACAUAACUACUUUGGCUUAGACAAGAACAACAUCAUCUUCUUUCAGCAGGGCAUGCUUCCAGCCAUGGACUACAACGGCAAGAUCAUCUUGGAGAAUAAAGGAAAACUCUCCAUGGCCCCUGAUGGAAACGGGGGUCUUUACAGAGCUCUGGGGAACCAGGGCAUCAUGGAUGACAUGGAGCGGAGGGGGAUCAAGUUCAUCCAUGUGUAUUGUGUAGAUAACAUCCUGGUCAAAGUGGCAGACCCCGCCUUUGUGGGUUUCUGUGUGCAGAAGGGAGCGGACUGUGGAGCUAAGGUGGUGGAGAAAACCAAUCCAACCGAGGCGGUGGGAGUGGUCUGCAAGGUGGAUGGGCGUUACCAGGUGGUGGAGUACAGCGAGAUCACCCUGGCGACCGCCGAGAAGCGCAGCGCUGACGGUCGACUGAUGUUCAAUGCAGGAAACGUGGCCAAUCACUUCUUCAGCUUUUCCUUCCUCAGAGAUGUAGUCCAGAAGUACGAGCCAAAGCUGCAGCACCACGUGGCCCAGAAGAAGAUCCCAUAUGUGGAUACUCAGGGUCAACUAAUCAAACCAGACAAACCAAAUGGGAUUAAAAUGGAAAAAUUCGUCUUUGACAUCUUCCAGUUUGCCAAGACAUUUGUUGUGUAUGAAGUGCUACGGGAGGACGAGUUCCCACUGAAGAAUGCGGACAGCCAGGACGGAAAGGACACCCCCACCACAGCCAGACACGCCCUCAUGUCCCCACCACACCGCUGGGUGCUCAACGCCGGGGGCCACUUCAUCGACGAGAACGGCAGACGCGUGCCUGCCAUACCCAGAGACGGAGCAGCAGGCAGUGUCACAGAUGAUGGCAACAGAAA